UGAAGAGGUUGUCGCGAUUCACGGGAAUGGUGGUUAGCUAGCAAGAGCUGGUUCUGAUCAUCGACCUGUUUGAUCAGAACCGGAACCAGGAGAUUCAGGUCUCUAUAAUUCUUGAAAGGAGGUUGUGGUUUAGGUUAGGUGGUUCUUAAGAUGGAGUCUUGCAACUGCAUUGAGCCACAAUGGCCAGCUGAUGAACUAUUGAUGAAAUACCAGUACAUUUCAGACUUCUUCAUUGCACUUGCUUAUUUUUCUAUUCCCCUUGAGCUUAUCUACUUCGUAAAGAAAUCUGCACUUUUCCCUUAUAGAUGGGUGCUUGUGCAAUUUGGGGCUUUUAUAGUUCUCUGUGGUGCGACACACCUUAUUAACUUAUGGACUUUCAGUACACAUUCAAGGACUGUGGAAGUUGUAAUAACCACGGCAAAAGUUUUGACUGCUUUUGUUUCUUGUGUAACGGCCCUUAUGCUUGUGCACAUUAUUCCCGACUUAUUGAGUGUGAAAACAAGGGAGUUGUUUUUGAAAAAUAAGGCUGCACAACUUGAUCGUGAGAUGGGCCUGAUUCGUACACAAGAAGAAACAGGCAGGCAUGUUAGAAUGCUUACUCAUGAGAUUAGAAGCACUCUCGAUAGGCAUACUAUUCUGAAAACAACUCUCAUUGAGUUGGGUAGAACAUUGGCACUGGAGGAGUGUGCAUUAUGGAUGCCUACCCGUACUGGUUUGGAGCUUCAACUUUCAUACACUUUACGCCACCAAAACCCUGUUGGAUUUACAGUACCUAUUCAUCUUCCUGUGAUUAAUCAAGUUUUUAGUAGUGACCGCGCAGUAAAAAUACCACCAAAUUCCCCUGUGGCAAGACUUCGUCAUAUUGCUGAAAAAUAUAUGCCUGGGGAGGUGGUUGCUGUUCGUGUUCCACUUUUACACCUGUCAAAUUUCCAAAUUUAUGAUUGGCCAGAGCUUUCCACAAAACGAUAUGCAUUGAUGGUUUUGAUGCUUCCCUCGGACAGUGCAAGGCAUUGGCGCGGGCACGAGUUGGAACUUGUGCAAGUGGUUGCUGAUCAGGUGGCUGUUGCCCUUUCUCAUGCUGCAAUUCUAGAAGAAUCUAUGAGAGCAAGGGAUCUGCUUAUGGAGCAAAAUGUAGCACUGGAUUUGGCAAGGAGAGAGGCUGAAACAGCCAUUCGUGCUCGCAAUGAUUUCCUGGCAGUUAUGAACCAUGAGAUGAGAACACCAAUGCAUGCAAUCAUUGCACUUUCUUCCUUGCUACAGGAAACUGAACUUAAACCGGAACAACGCCUGAUGGUAGAAACAAUCCUAAAGAGCAGUAGCCUGUUAGCAACACUCAUUAAUGACGUUUUAGAUCUUUCAAGGCUUGAAGAUGGAAGUCUUGAACUUGACCUUGUGACAUUCAACCUUCAUGCAGUAUUCAAGGAGGUUGUUCAAUUGAUCAAGCCCAUUGCAUCUGUUAAGAAGUUAUCAGUGUCAAUAUCAUUUGCUUUGGAUUUGCCAGAGUAUGCCAUUGGUGAUGAAAAACGUCUUAUGCAAACCAUUUUAAAUAUUGUUGGUAAUGCUGUAAAGUUCUCAAAAGAGGGCAGUAUUUCAAUUGCUGCUGGUAUUGCCAAAUCAGAACCUUUACUAGAUGCUCGAGCACCUGACUUUUUCCCAGUACCAAGUGAUAGUCACUUUUAUUUGCGAGUACAGGUAAAAGAUUCAGGGUUAGGAAUUAACCCCCAAGAAAUUCCAAAAUUAUUUAACAAAUUUGCACAAAAUCAAUCAGUAGCAAAUAGAAAUUCUGAUGGCUCUGGACUUGGGCUUGCAAUUUGUAAGAGAUUUGUAAACCUCAUGGAGGGGCAUAUAUGGAUUGAAAGUGAAGGUCUUGGCAAGGGUUGUACUGCUUCAUUCAUUGUAAAACUUGGAAUCGCAGGGCGUUCAAAUGAGCCAGACCACCGUGUUGUACCUCUGAAUCGUGUGCAAGCAAAUUUUCCAGGACUCAAAGUUCUCAUUUUAGAUGACAAUGGGGUUAGCAGGAUGGUGACGAAGGGCCUUCUCAUGCACCUCGGAUGUGAUGUUACAGUCACAAGCUCCACUGACGAGUGUUUGCGGGUUGUUUCUCCUGAAUACAAUGUGGUGUUCAUGGAUCUUGGCAUGCAUGGGACAAGUGGUUAUGAAGUUGCAAUGCGAAUAAAUGAAAGGAUCACGAAACGUCAUGAGAGGCCACUGAUUGUGGCACUUACUGGGAAUACUGAUAGGGCCACAAAGGAUAACUGUUUCAGAGUUGGCAUGAAAGGUGUGCUACUGAAACCCAUUUCCCUUGAGAAGAUGAGGAGCGUUUUGUCAGAACUCUUGGAACGUGGAACUCUGCGUCAGUCCUAGCAAAUGAUUAAGGAAUCACUAUCAAGUAUCAACUCAGAGUUCAGGAAAAUCUCUCCAGGAAUUGGGAGAGCCUCUCGGUGCCGCCAAUCCCAUGUAUAUAACAUGCUGAGGCAUUGCAGAUAGCACAGGAUGAAAUGUUUGUGCUGUUUGUAGCGCAUUUCUACUGCCUAUGUAAGAAUGUGAAUUUCUUGCCAAUAUUGUAAGAUGAUCCCAUCACUUGAUAUCCAGUUUUGCCUUUUCUCCUCCCCCCCCCAUGGUAAUAUUUUCAAAAUUUGCCAUCAGCACUUGCUGUUUUCUUCA